AUGUUUCGACGUUUAUUUGGUGAUUCAAAAUCUAAAGAUACUCGUUCAUUAUCUCGAACACGUCAUACAAAUGAACAAAAUCAAGAUGCACUUCGAACAAUCGAUCAUUUACAACAAAGUGAAGAUAUGAUGAAUAAAAAAUUAGAAAAAUAUGAUGAAGAAAUACUUGAUUUACAAAAUAAAGCACGACAAUGUUUGACAAAAUCACAUCCUGAUCGUCCAGGUGCGAUACGUUUAAUAAAACGACGUAAACAACUUGAAUUACAACGUGAUAAAUUAUGGCAAAUGAAACAAAAUAUUGAAUUAGUUAAUGAACAAGUUCAAACAUCACAUUUUAAUCGACAAGUAACUGAUAGUUUAAAUAUUGGUCAACAACAUUUAAAACGUACACAAAAAUUAAUGCCAACAAAAAAAAAUUGA